GUUUAUCAUAUCUUUUUCAAAGAUUCCUGAAGGUUUUUACCCUAGAAAGUCUGAAUUUUUAUAAAGGUUUUAUGUUUAUAUACAUGUUCGUUUCCUGCUACUUAUGUGAUUGUAUGUUUCUAUGAUUGUCCUCAAAUAUGGUGAAAGAAGAUUUAAAUAUAUAUUUUUUUUAAAAAUGUUCUAGAGAGUUCUAAAUGAUUGUAGUAGUUUUUAAAUGUAUUUUAUUUAUAUUAACCAAAGCUAAUAAGAGGUCUAAAGUUACAAUGCUAGAAUCUACGUACACUGUUACAUCUAGGACAAACCUUGUAAACCUACGAUAAAUAAUCCUUUUUAAGCAAAUACUAACUCCGAAUACAAAUCUGAGCAAAGCUGUAUAUAUUCGCAAAGAUGUUAGUUAAAAAAAAAUACAAAUUAAAUUUAAUACACUGAAUGUAAAACUGUAAGAUUUUUUUUUUAAAUUUGCUUAAUUAUAUAUAUAUAAUCAUUUUUUAAAAACCUUUAGCAAAUGGAAGAGACUUUGUUGAGAGAAUCAAAGAAUGAUUACAGCAACCACGACUGUUUCAUACUUUUCAUUCUGAGCCACGGUGACCGAGGUGUAGUGCUGGGAACCGAUGCAAACACCCAGAAUAGAGACAAUAAUCUAUCUAUUGUAUAUAUUAGAAGAUUAUUUUCAGAAAAUAAAUCCUUGUUGGGGAAGCCUAAAUUAUUCUUCAUUCAAGCCUGCCAAGGAGGUAUGGGAAAAUAUAGUGUACUUUUUAAAUCAAUGUUUUGUGUUUGUAAUUUUAACCAGUAUCUGUCACGAAAAUUUAAUUUUUUAUCCUAAAAAAAAACAAACAACAUACACAGCCCAAUAAAAUUAACCAAAUACCGCGGUGAAACAAACUCGCUUUUAAAGAAGAUUAAAAUAUAAUUGUUGACUAAUACAAAUUAGUUAUUUUUCAUUUGAUCUUGUUAUAUAUUUACCUUCAAAUUGUAACUGAAAACAAAUAAAAAAUUCAUGCAUAGUUUUUAUAUUAUAAUAAAAAUAAAACAUGUCAGAGUAUUAAUUACUGAUUUAUUUUGUAUUUAUGUCUUAAUAUAUCGAACUAUUUAUAAUAAAUCAUGCAUCGAGUUUAAAGGGCCAUAAUGUCAAAUUUGGAACAAUGUUUUAAGAGCAUUACGUCAUGUCAGACAUGUUUCGCUCUAUUGAAAAAAAACGUUGUCAUAUCUAUAUAUAUAUGUAUGUAUCUAACCAGUCAUUCAUCAAAUAAAUAUGAUGUUUAAAGCCAGACACAGUUUUAUUUCCAUUGUUAAUGUAUCAAACAUAACUUGAAAUUUUCAGGUCAAUUAGACACUGGACAUACCAUUGACGAUGAGCCAAGCAGGGUGAGCCAUUUGAAUAUUGAAAGCUCACCAAUAAAAUCUGAGCAGAAUGAUUCCCCAUACAGUGAAGCUGCCAAUUCUAGUUAUGUUGAGGAUGAAGAAACAACAGACGGUACAAAGAUACCAAGUGAAGCUGACAUAUUUCUGUCUACGGCCACAGUUGAAGGUAGGAUUACAAAGUAGAAUUACAAGCUAAUCAUUAAACAAUAUUGAAAUCGAAAUAACAGGUCUCCAGCGCAUCCGGAAAUUUGUUUGAAAGAAAUUUCGUCGACGGAAAAUUGAUCGAAAGUUUUAUCGAACUGAAAUUUGAUCGAACGGAAGUUACUUUGUUUCACAAUCUAGUAUAAUGCGUUCAAAAAGAAAUUCGACGAAAAUUUGAUGGUGUGAACUGAAAAACUAAUUCGACCAAACUUCCGUUCAACCAAACUUCCUUUCCAUCAAUUUUCCGUCAACGAAAUUUCCUUCGAGCAAAUUUCCCAUUACCAGCCUCCAGCAUUAGUAAAAAUGUGUAAAGAUAAAAAUUUAUUAAAAAUGAAGGUAAAUAGCCUCGUCGUUUCGCAAACCUUUGCACGUAUGGCAGAUCAUGGAUGCAGCAACGUAUCUUAUCAGAAUCAGAAGAAAAACAUGGUUUCACAUUGAUUUUUACAUUCUCACCAUCUCCAACUUUUUACAGGUUUCAAAAACGAGCUUUAGUUCUAAAUCUAAAAAUUAAAAAAAUUAUGUAAGCAUCUCAAAAGCGUACGUGCGUUUGUAAACAGUUCUUUCCUCCAGUCGUCACUUGUUAUCAGAAGACCGGGGGGGGGGGGGGGAGAGAAAAGGCGUUUCUCAAUGGAGUAAAGAUUAUUAACGGUUGACCUUUAUUUUCACUCAUACUUUGGUGGACGUGAAGUGGGUUUUAGUUUGAAAGCUGAAAGAGCAAUUUCACAAGAUAGUUAAUUUGUUACGGUCUAAUAACACGUUUCAAUUGUUUUUUGUUCAAAAUUUUCCCCCACCUGGAAAAAUAUUAUUCGAAUAUAAAUUGAAACUCUAAUCAAUUACUAAGCCAAUGCUACUUAUUUCGUAUUAUCAACAAUUCCCAAUCAAACUGGAACUUUGUACAUUUUGGCCAAAAUAUAUUCCCUUAUCCAUCAUUCUGGUUCGCACGUCUUACCGUCAAACCCUGAAAACCAUACGUUUUAAAAUGAAAAACAAUUGAUAUGUUUUUUUAAUUUAUCAAUUAUCAAUGCCACAUAUUAGUUUUGGAAUGGAAUAACAUAUAUGCAUUUUUUAAAAUAUUGAUCUAUAAUAUAUGAGCUCUUAAAAAUAUUUUUUUACAGGUUGUGUUUCAUGGCGUAAUGUAACAUAUGGCAGUUGGUACAUACAAGCCAUAUGCUAUGUAUUUAGGAAGUAUGCCUACAAGAAUAAUCUAAAUGAUUUGAUGACUUUGGUAAAUAUAUUAUUGUACAAUUCAAAUGAUUAAUCGUUGCUUUUGACGACUACCAUUUCAUAUUCAUAUAUCCACCAAGGCGCGUACGAAAUCAGGGCAAUGGAAAAAGUUGAUCAAAAACUUAAAGCGAGAUCCCAAAUUACAAAAUGAGUUUUGAUAACGCAAUAGCUUUACAACCGACAACAGGCUUUCGGCAUACGGAAUCACUGAUUUAUAAAAGAUGUCAGCAAAGUUGUCUCCAAUAUGAGUGCAGAUAUAAUGACUGCAUUGUAAUUAAUCACAGUUUAUAUUAAGAUAAUCCCAGUCCUGCUCAGACAAUAAAGACUGAAAAAGCUUGAAGAGGCUUUGCAUGAACUGACCCUGUUUCAGCCUAAGCCUCAUUUGGGGGUAACAGAUUUGCGGUUCAAUGAAAGUGGAAAACACAAAGCUGAAAUCAGGAAAUGUUGAAGAGGUUUAGCAUGAAGUUGAGAAGAACUGAUGAAUUGGAAGGUACCUCAAAUGGAGCACAUGUGACUUGGACUGAGGCUGUCGUGAUAGUUUAUCAAAAGUGUGAAACAUUUAUAUUAUAGAAGGUGGGAGAAAGGGGGGUGUAGUGAAUGACAAGAGUUUUACAAAUAAAAUACUAGCAACGGAAAUUAUACUAAAAUGAAUAAACAAGAAAAAAGGAAAUUUAAGGUGAUUUUAAGUUCUUUUAUUUUAAAUAAAUUAAGAAAUAACCAUGUGGCACGUUAGUGAUAAUGGAAGCCUUAUAGCAUCCGUUAAUUACAAAUAUAACAUAUUUUCUUAAAAGUGUAAACACAUCUAUAGCAUUAAAGUUGAGGAAAUAUAUUUAAAAUUAACGUAUUUUAUUUAUUGGUAAUUUCUUAGAAAAAUAUACCCAACAUUUUCCCACGUUCCUGAAAUAGAUUUCACAAAAUUGUCAAACAGAGAAUGCUUAUAUAUAAGGUAGAAACUGCGAAUUAAUUUUGACGUAAUUUAAAGAAUGUGGAUAUUUAAUUUAAAAAUAAAUUUUAACCAAACGUAAAGUCUUUGACAAAAAUGUGUUGUAAUCUUUCGUUAAUAAAUGUAACACCAUCCAAAUUGCCUGUCAUAUGCCUUGUGAAAAAAAGAAUAUAUAUUUACUUUUUAAAAUAGUUAAUAAUUGUAAUGUACCAAUUUUCAAAUCUUGAAUGCUAUUGAGUUUUGAAAUAAUGCUUAUGACGUAAACAAUUUAACGCAAGUACUCAAAAACUAAUAAAAUUUAGUUUCCACCCCAUUUUCCUUGCCCUUGAAAAAUUAAAGAAAAAAUAAUAAUUUAUUUUUGCCGUCAGCAUAUCGAGCUUAUUCUUGGCACAUAGACUCUUUGCCAAUGACAAAACUUUCAAUCAAAACUUUACCCCCACCCCCAAACCUAAGCCCUUAAAAUCAGAUACUUAUGUGGCUUAUGAUGAGAAUCGUUUGUGACUGGGGAAGCAAAUGAUUUUCAAAAUGGACAACUUUAAAAAAAAAAAAGAACGAAAAGAAAAGCCGUUGAUCUACACAUUAGCAGAUAUGUAUAUUAUGUUAAAUCCUCUUGUAAGGGCUGAGCUCAUGCUCUUACAGCCCUGGCCAAUAUAACAGUAGUUUGCCUCAUCUACAGGGCAUCCCCAUUUAUGAUAUUAUCAAAACAGGUCUCCGAGCUAAUACCCCCGACGCCAUCAACGUUAUUGGGGAAGUCAACCACCAGGUGUUCCACGGUCACGUUGGCAUGACCACAGAGUCUGCAGUUGGGAUCCAUACACGUGUAUAGUCGGUGGAAGUAGCUUCAACUCGCGCAGUGUUCCGUCCGCAUCUACGUUACCGGGUUCUUUCUUGUGUCUUUAGUUUCCAUAACGGAUCGCUUUUGUUCGCAUGCUGCAUCUCCCGUUACAGCUGCCAUCCGGUAUGCCCUGCCGCCCAGCCACUAGGUCACUCCUGGUGAAAGGGGUCUUUCAGCUUCGCCCUGGCUUCCAGCCGAGUCCUGGGCUUGUCGGUUUGGGGCUGUACCGCACCCUCUCACACUCGGUUGUUGGCCCUGUCGUGAUGCGUCACCUCAUCGUGCCCAGGGAUACACUGUAGAAAGACCUUGGCGGCUAGGGCGUGUAUGCCAUUUGCUGUCUCCAGAUUGGCGUCGAGCCGUUUUCCCAAGCUUUUAAGAGCAACGCUCGAGUCAGUAAAGUGGUUCUUCCUCUUGGCCAGGAGUAGCUGCACUCUUAUAAUGGCAACCUGUAUUGCUUCGAGUUCUGCGUCGAAGUUGGUUAUUUUCUUUCCACUGGGCCCUGAUAUGUGUAUGAAAAUGAUCCACAUAACGGACCCUAUAAAAGUUCGGAUAUCAAGGAUUUUGUGACUCCAAAAGUAGUAAAUAUUAGACAUAAUUACUAACAUGAGAUUGAAGGAAUUUUAAAAAAAAAUUGAAAACUAUAUUUGUAGAUGCUGAAAUGUAUAAAUUCAGACAUUUACGUAAAACAUUUCUGGAUUUUAUAGAGAUCUUUUGAUUGAGAUACUUAAAGACCACAAUUAUACUUUUUUUUUCAAAAUUAAAAAAAAAUUAAUGAUUUGUCAUGUUAAAUGUUUCUUUGAUUUCAUCAGGUCAACAAUUUGGUUUCAAAAUCCGAGACGAAAAAAGGACAUAAACAAGUGGCCACAAAGUAUGACACAUUGAGAAAAAAGCUUUUCUUUUUCCCAUGUUUGCAUGAGCCCUACGGUAAAUAUGUUAGCGAUUUUAGACUUGGAAAAAAAAACUUAGACUAUUGAUCAAAUCAGUCAGUUUAAUUUUAUGGCACAUUAAUACAAUUUAAUUUUUGUAUACAUACCUUUUAAAAAAUGUAUUUAGAACAAAUAAUACCGUUAACACUCGCACACUUUCACCUAAAUUUCAAAGAAACUCUAAGAUGCAACCAAUCAACUCGACAUCAUGUUUGUUUACUGUAAUUCAGUGCGGAAUAUUAAGUUAUACGAAAAAUAGAAAAAUAAUUCACCAUUGCUCCUACUUACGCCUGAGUAGAGAAAUGUUUUUUAAUUUAAAAAAAAGAUUUAUCAAAGAUAACCCAGUUUAUGAUAAGUGCUUAUCAGUUUUCAACUUGCUGUGAUGACAUUGUUGUCGUUUUAGUUGAACAAGUAUUAAUUAUAAUAACAUUAAAAGGGGACCCUCUAACACUGUGAAAGCCAAAAUAUACUCAAUGACUGUCAACAUGGCUUCCGAGUCAAUAGAUCAUGUGAGACCCAGCUUCUCGGAUUUGUAGAAGACCUGAUGACCAAUCUGGAGAACCACAAGCAGACUGACGUGCUAGUAAUGGACUUCGCAAAAGCAUUUGACCGUGUGAAUCAUAGUUUGCUUCUACACAAACUCCAGAGAUAUGGGAUUCAAGGCAUCACUAAAACAUGGAUCUCUAGCUUCCUCAGCCACCGACGUCAAGCAGUAGUGGUGGGCGGUACAAGCUCCUCCUUUGUCGAUGUGAAGUCAGGGGUCCCCUAGGGAUCAGUCCUGGGCCCCUGUUUGUUCCUAGCAUACAUUAAUGACCUACCCGAGAAACAGACAUCACAGGCAAGACUGUUCGCAGAUGACACAGCAGUGUAUAGGACGAUCGCCAAAAGAUCUGACCAGGACCAGCUACAACAGGAUCUCAAUCUGUUAGCUGAGUGGGAGAUGAGCUGGGACAUGGAAUUUCACCCUGCCAAGUGCCAGACACUAUCAGUCUCUAGAAGUUGUACUCCUCUACACUACCAAUACCAACUGCACGGCCAUAUACUUGAGCAAGUUUCCUCCGUAAAGUACCUGGGUGUUACCAUUAAAAGAGAGGUCCGCUGGGACGAGCAUAUUAACAAUGUUUAGUGUGAAAGAAAGAGCACAUAAAGCCUUUAUCCUCCGAUUUUAGAUUAUCCAUCUUCAGUCUGGGACCCAUUUACACAGAAUAGCAUUGACAGGUUGGAGGCGGUCCAGCGACGAGCAGCACGCUUUGUCCUAAACUGCUACAGGAAUACCUCUAGUGUUGGCAGCAUGCUAGAAACACUAGGCUGGUCACCAUUGGAGAAACGACGACGACAAUCCAGGCUCUCCAUGAUGUACAAGAUAAAUAAUGGGCUGGUCCACUGUUCCAGUAUUAAACAGAAACUCGUCCCUCUCCCCCAUAGACAGCGACGAGGCCAUGACAGGCAAUUCAGGCUCAGCAAGAAGCCAGUAUAGGAGCUGCUCAUUCCUGCCCAAGACAAUCAGGGACUGGAACAAUCUUUCAAAAGGAACGGUUGAGGCGACAACACUAGACACAUUUGUGUCUAUUGCCUCAAGCCUUCAAACCCCUAGUGCAUGAUUUACUCAUCACCACCAGUAACAGAAACAUUGCAAAUCCCAUCUACAUGCAUAGGAGUCAAAAUUAUCAAUAAAUUGAUCAUGGGCCCUUAAGAUAUAGAAGAAGAAGAAUCUUGGCGCAACUCUCACUCAAAUAUAUACGGUAGUUACUCUAGACAUUUGAGUUUUAAAACUAGAUGUAGAUAUUAGGAAAAGAAUUAGACCCAUUAGUAACUUUGAAAAACAAGAUUUUGCUCUUUGUAUGAUAGUUUUCAAUCUACGAAAACUUUAUGGAAUGUCUAAUAAAAAUAUAUAUUUUUAUUUUUUUCAGUGGAAAUUAUUCACAAGUAUCGACAAGGAAAGAGCGAGAAACAAAAGUUGGAAAAGAAACUUGAACACGUUUGUCUUAAGUUGGGUAAUACAAGUUUUCAUUUCUUUCAUCAUGUUUGUAAAUACAUUUAUGGUUUUAGAUGUUUAUCUCCUGAGAUUUGGGUAGAUUUGAAAUAUGAUUUAUUUUCUAUUGUUCCGUUAUUUCCUUCGUGAUGGCUGGUGUCGACUUCUGUUGUUUUAUUACUUGUUUCCUGUUUUUAAUUAACGAGUCUGGAAAAAAAUUAUAUGUUAGAACAUUUUUUGGUACAGUUAUAGAAUUAAAAAACAAAUGAUAAUUAUACCUUUCAAUUGAUAUCACUUUUUAAAACACGUAAGCGUUCCUAUAGUAAAUACUGGCAAAAAGUCCCCAUUUUAAAUGUUUUUGUUUUAAUUCCAAACCUAUCAAGUCUAGAUUUUUUAUUUUAUGCCAUUAAACUGUCAUGAUUGUUUGACCAUUCAUUGUAAUUGUAUAAAACAGAACUAGAAUGUCCUUCCACAAAAUAGAAUGUCAUCCUAAAAACUAGAAUGUCCUUCCACAAACUAGAAUGUCCUCCCAAAAACUAGAAUGUCCUCCCAUAAAAUAGAAUGUCCUUCGAUAAACUAGAAUGUCCUUCCACAAACUAGAAUUUUCUCCCAAAAACUAGAAUGUCCUCACACAAACUAGAGUAUUUAAAUUAUCUUAAUUAAACCGUAAUAACACUAAAAAUUAAAUAGUAUUCUAUAUAAAGCUUCAAGUGAAUGUUGGAUUUACCAACACUUUAAUACAUUUUAAUAAGACUCCUUUUUAAAAAAAAUGUUGAUAGCCUUUUUUCCUUAAUGGCAAUAGAAAAUGAAAGUCAAAUAAAUUGAAAAAUAAGGUUAUUCAUCUGUGCCAUUAAUUUUAAAAAUAAUAUUUAUAUUUAUUAUUAUCAAUUUUUUAAAUACAAAUGAGAAUGUCAAUUAUACUUAAUAUCUUACAGAAAAGAAAAACAAACUUCAUGAGGUGGAAAUAGAGAAACUGAAAACAUUAGAAAGGGAGUUGAACAACCGAAACGAAAUGAUUGGUUUGUAUUAAUGUGUUUCUUUAUUAUUGUCUAUAUAAAAACAAGAUAUUUCGCUAAACAACUGAGAUCUGGUGAAUUCUCAUAAACAAUUUGUUAUAAUAAUAAAAACCAAUCUUCAUUUAAUUUGUAGUUUAAUCUUUUCAGUAUGUGUUUUAAAGUUCUUCCUUUAUCUACCAAAGGAAUUUUAUCAAUGUAACACUCAAAUCUAUUUUUGUUUAAAAUUAAAUAAUUUGUCCUAAUCAAUUUGUUCUCACAGCAACUUUAACAAAACAGGAGGAGCAAGAAAAAGUAUUAAAAUUGUCUUUGGAAGAUGAAAUAGGUAAUAAAAAAACAAUGGUAUUAUCAAUUUUACAUUACAAAAUAAUAGCACUAUAGAUAUGCUCAAAAGAAUUAGUGUUGAUAUUAAAUUAUAUUCAUGCUGUAAAUAUCUUUAAGGUUUAUGAUGUCUUGCAAUUCGUUCAAGACCGUAAACGUGUUUUUUUAAAUUUACUUAAUUAUUUUUGGUGUUAAUUUUUCAGCUACUUUAAAACUUGACUACCACAACGAGAAAAAGCAAAAACAAGAACUUGAGAGUGAUUUAAAAAUAAGGGACGAAACAAUUGGUAUGUAAUAUUCCUAAAAGCUUUAGACAAAAGUCUAUAAAAAUGUUACAUUCAAAAUCACUUAAUUAAUUACAACGGUUGCUUAAAAAUUAGUAAAAAGUAUAACUUGAAAUUAUUUUUAAGGGAAAGUCCUUUAGAAAUUUAAAAUUAAGAAUAUAUAUAUAUAUAUAUAUAUAUGUAUGCUUUAUUAUUAAAUUAAUAAUGAAAUGUUUUCAAUACUACCAGUUUAUGUGUUUAUGUGUAUAUAUAUAUAUAUAUAUAUAUAUAUAUAUAUAUCUAUAUAUAUAUACUCUAUAUAUCUAUUUAUAUAUUAGAGAACGAUCGAAAGUGAUUUUCUGAUUUCUCCCGAAACAAAAACAAGAUAGAAAUAAUUAGAUAUAAAUAUAUAUAUAUAUAUAUAUAUAUGUAUGUUUUAUUAUUAAAUAAAAAAUGAAAUAUUUUCAAUACUACCAGUUUAUGUGUUUAUGUGUAUAUAUAUAUAUAUAUAUAUAUAUAUAUAUAUAUCUAUAUAUAUAUACCCGGUAUAUAUAUUUACAUAUUAGAGAACGAUCGAAAGUGAUUUCCUGAUUUCGCCCGAAACAAAAACAAGGUAGAAAUAAUUAGAUAUUUUGAAAUUCGAUCACGCAUACAAACUGCUUAAAUAAAAUAAAAAAAGAUUGGGAAAGUAUCAAUAUUUACCUUCUAUUUUUAAAAAUGAGAUCAUCGUGAAUAUUAAUAAAUAAACAUCUAAUGAAAAUUUUGGCUUGAUCAUUUCAAUUACAAAUUAAUUUGAAUUUGUUAAAAUGUAUUUUAAAGUAGAAUGGUAAGAGAAAAUUUUGACCUGGGGGAAAAGGGGGGGGGGGCAAAAUUCAUGCAAAAUAGACCCUUGAGGGACCCUUGCUUUUACAACGAUACCUAAAUAUAUACCUACAAUAAUUAUUGUUGCUCUAAUUGAAACCAUUGCUACCUAAAUAUUGGUUAUUAAGGCUAUAAAAAAAUACCACCAGAAUGUUUAUGCAGUGAUCGCCAUACUAAUACUUUGUGUUUUCAUGAAUCGCUGUAAAGAUUACGCUGUAUUAAUAUCUAGCCUAGUAUCAUCAGCACACUAGUCUUUCCGUGCUUAAUUCGUUUGGCAACCAACCUCUCCUACGCCCCAAUGAUUGGGGGAGGGAGAGGGAGAAAUAUUUAUUAUACCGCGUCUCUUGAUAUUGUUGUUCUAACGGGUCUCCACGGACAAUCGCCAGAGGUAUCUAAAAUUGGUGGCCAAUGUCAUAAAACAGUUCUGCAGUUGCACUACUACAUUAGUAUUACACGUGUAUACGUGUCUAAUUUCGUCAUAAACAAUGUUUAUUAGAACGAUUAUGGUGAAUUUCAGGAAUUGAAUGAAUUGAGAAAAAAAAAACAACAUAAGGUGCCUUAAUUUUAAUUGAAAAUAAUAAUAAUGGAAAUAUUGCAAUUCUCUGGGAUUAUUCAAUAAUAUUAAACUUUGAAAUAUGACAGCAUUGAUCUCCAUGAUAAUUAAAAAUCAAAAUGAAUGAAUUGGAUAAACCUCGGGUUCCAAAUUUUAUUGUUGAACAAAUUAAAACAAAAGUAAUGACAUACAUAUUACCAUUCUAUUUUUUUUUCUUUCUUUCACAAAACAAUUUAGAUUUGAUUAGGCGUAAUUGAAAUUUACUUUUUUUUUAGAAAUAAAAGACAAGUAGGUCACCGUGCAGCUGUGAGCAGUUUUCGGCAAGUAAUUUGUCAUGUAACAUACGAUGACAGCAAGACGUCAAGUAAUACUAAAAUAUCGGAUUGCCAGCCUAGAGACAUACAGACAGGCAGACUUCUGGUAGAUGACCAAAAAAACCUCAAUUAAUUUUUGGCCAGAUGCCCGAAAGUCUCAAUCACUUUCGACCGAAACCGAAAUUAAACCGAAACAUAACUUUUCUGUUUCGGCCGAAACAGAAACUAGAACGGAAGUUAUCAAAUGGCAACUUUCGGUUCCGAAACCGAAGCCGAAAUGCGGUCGGUCUCUAAUAUAUAUAUAUUAGAUUAUAUUAUAACAUAUAUUAUGUUAUUGAUGCUCUUCAGCUCUUCUAAAUCAGCAAUGUGACAGCGAAACAGAGAAACGUCAAGUAGCAGAAGAUGAUCUGAAAAAAAGGAUGGACGUCUUAUGUAUGUACACAUGAGUUAUUAUUUUGAAAAAAUCAACAAUUAUGUUAAUUCUGGUAUCAGCUUUCUUUUUUUUUCCCUUAAGAUAUGAACACAUCGUAUUACCCUUCAAAGCUGACGGCUGCUUACGCAAUUUCAGUUUGAUAGAAUUCAGAGUAAUCAUACACACACAUUUUGUGUAAAUAAAAAAACGUAGGUUCAGCUUUAAUAAAUGAUCAUAAAGAAUACAAAUGUAGACAUUAAGGCAAACGCCUUCGUCAGUGCAACAACAACAAAAAUAAUAACAAAAAUUCAUACGAAUAUAAAUGAAAUUUACUUAAUACAUCUGUAUAUGUAUCUUAUCUAAAAAUGAAAGAAUAAGAGUGAGGGCUAAUUCCUGACAGAAACAAACCUCGGGAAGAACGGAAAGAUAUGUGGUGAGGUAAAAUUUAAAAACCAAAAAGGGAAAGAGACAUUGCAGCUAUUUAAGAUAGUACAUGUGGUUAAUACAGUAUGGAGUUGACGUACCAGAUCUUUUUAUUAAAUCAUCGGUAUGAACAUAAAUUGUAUGCUUCUUUUAUCUAAGUUCUCAAUUGUUUUAUAUACACUAUACUAUUAACCAUUUUUUUUUUUUUGCAUCAGUGAUACAUUUCAUCAAAACUAGGAUUUGCAUAUAAAAAACAUACUUUCUAGGUAUAUUUGAAUCUUCGCAUAGCGUGUAUUUAGUUUUAUGAAUUAUGUCUAAAUGCUAUUAUUAUUUUUGACAUACUUUUUUUUUUUAAAGUAGUAAUAGUAAAUAAUAUUUUAAUGGAGAUUGAACACGCGAAUUAGAAUACCUGUCUUUAAGACUUUUUCUUUUAAUUUUUCUUUUAAAGGAUGAACAUGAAUUUUAUCAUUUUUAUCAAAGUAAUCAAUAGCAGAUAAUAAAGUACUUAAUAAUUGAUAUUAAUAUAUGUUUCUGGCUUUUCUUUUACAAUAUUGGUUAUUCAUGUAAAUUAGAAAUAGUGUAUGAAAAAAAUUUGUCAAAAACUAGGAAAUAAUAUAAUCGCAAAUACAUUUAAAACAAAAAGAUGUGUACAGCUUAUACAAUAUACAUGUUGACUUAAUUUUAUCUAAACAUAAAAGAAAAGUUUUCUCUCUUAAUUCCUUAAUUUUUUUUUAGAUUUAUCGUGUUAUAAAGAGGAAAGCAUUUAACCGUUUAAAUUCAUAGUUAACUCACACUUUGGCUGGUAAACUGCGUGAAAGCACUAAAAACUAUUUCUACCUUUUUUCAACCUAGUAUACUUUAAAAUGUUGCAGUUUGAGAAAUCAUUGACGAGUGUUAAGCGUUAUUGGCCAGAUUAGUAACUUGUUAUUUUCUUAUAAAACAUGUGUCCCCUAUUUCUUCUCAUUAAAACAUAUGCUUUACUAUGCUAAGAAAUAUAACUAAAAUUCAUCGUAAUAAUUGCUUCCAAAUAAUAUCAUAGCCACCUUGUGUUAAAUAAAUUAGUUAUCUGUUGUAUCUAUUUCAGGUAACCAAUGCAGCAAUCCAAGUAAUAGUAAAAGGUUUGUUUAUUUGAUUUUUUUUUUCAGCUUGGGGUGUUAUGGGGGGUUAUUUAAAUGGUGAUGGUGUUCAGAGGCUUAUUUUUGUUUUUAAAAAAAUCAACCAACGCUUUGAAUGGAAUUUGUGUUUACAAUAAUGUUCCACUAAAAUGUUAGUCCCGGGUGGUAAUAACACUGGCAAGGCCACUGCUCCGUACUCAGAAAAGAACAUUAUUGCCGUUUUAAGACAUUGGCACACUGCGCUAUGGACCAGCAUCUCACGUCUGUAGGCAGGCCUAGUGUUAGAUGAGGUAUCAUGCCUCAAGGAGGCCUCACACCUUUGAACGUACAAAUUUUUUUAUUUCCUUUAGUUUGGUGCACGUAUUUAGACUAUAAAGAUUCUAUGGACGAAACUAAGUCGGGGCUAAAAGCAUACGCCCAGGGGGGGUUCCACUACCAGAAUGAAUUUGUGGUUAUGUAUGGCGGUGACAACGUAGUCAGAGAUAGCCCUGUGCAUCAAAAUUCAUAAGUUCAUUGCUUAUAGAUGCCCUGCCUCCUCCCCCAAACGCCUACAAUCUACCCCCGGGGAAAAAAAUACCUGAAAGAAACUGGUCAAAAUGCAUAGACCUACCUAGUCCAUAAUGCUUUUCAUAACAUUACUUAAAGAGUUGGCUGUCGCAUUUCGUUCCCAAGAAAAUCGGUGCCCAGGGCGCAACAUUAGACGAUUUAGCUGCCCCUGUCUAUGUGAAGUACAUGAUAUUUUAUCGUGUAAUUCGUCCUGUUUUUAACGCUAGGUGUGAUUGGCCCUCUCGCCCCCUCCUUAGCACGGCCCUGAAUAUAUAGAGGGUUGGGGGCCUCAGUCCAUUACUGUGCCCUGGACCUUCGCUGCUGUAAAGACGGCCUUGCGACGACUGACGCCGUUAGAACAAUACCACCCUUACAAAUAAUCUUGGUUUAUUUCGAAUAUCAAAUGACAUCGUGGUUUUAUUCUUAAUAAAAUUAGCUUUACGUCCUUAAUCCAAAAUUAUGUCUAUAAACGUAAAACAUUUAAUGGAGCAGACCCUUACAUGCACCUCUAAAAUAGUUUCGUACUCAACCCCAAAACCUUAGAUGAGAUGAGGUGAAGUGAGGUGUACAGAGCUGUAAUGAGAUUUUGCAGUAACUCAAUGCAGAUGAAUAUAGUUUUUCAAGUAAUUGGUUUUAAUUUGAUAAAGUGCAGUAACAUUAUACGAUACUUGAUUAUACAUGGCUAUUUAUAUGCGCAUACAUUUUUAAAUUAAGUUUUAAAAUUCAAUAUUGAUACAAAAAGCGUUAGGGUUAUAUAAUCAGGGAUUAGUAUUUUAUUUAGUUUUUGUGAUACAUACUUAAAGAUUCAAUUUUAACAAAUUUAUUUAAUAAUUAAUUAUUAGAGUAUUACAAUUAAAUUAGAUUUAUUUUAAAAUGUACGUUUAAAACGUAUCUAAUUACCAGAUUUUAUUCCCCGAUUCUUCAGGUUGUAUAACAGAUCUCAAAUCAGUCAAGGCUUGCAAAGUACAGCUGAUCUUGAUCUUUUAAUUAUUGGUGGUACCGGCAGCGGAAAGAGUGCAGUUGGGAACUCAAUCUUAAAGCGAAAUGCCUUCAUUAGUAAAUUUAGCACGUCUUCUGUCACUACAGACGUAGUUUGCGAGAUUGGUGAGCACAAUGGUCGUAAAAUCAAAGUAAUCGACGGACCGGGGUUUGGCGACAAUUUUAUGAGCACUGAAAGUGAUAUCAAUCUCUUGAAGAAGGCCAUAUCAGCCAACCCAAGUGGAUACCAUGCCGUUCUUCUGGUCUUUAGAUACGGUGUAAGGUUCACGGUUCAAGAUGAGGACACCAUCAGGAAUUUAAAGAACAUAUUAGGUGAAAAUUUUAUCAAGAGUUUUUGUAUCUUAGUGAUGACUUGUGGCGACUUGUUUGAUAUUGAUGAUUUAGGCCUGACAUCUGAGCAGUUGUGUUCGAAGGCAAAUAGAAACUUUCAAACUAUCUUGAGAGAAUGCUGCGAUAGGAUUAUAUGGUUUGAUAACAAGACAAAAGAUGAAGACAAGAGAAAUAAACAAACAUCUGAGCUCAUUAAAAUGGUCGAUCAAUUGAACCCAAGCGGACAUCGAUACACGAUGGGUAAUUUCAAAAGAUAAAAAAAAAAUUCACACGAUAAAUCAAUGUUAAACGAAAAUAGAAAAUGUUGAACGUACUAGAAACGAGUCUCAUAAUAUAAAAAGUGCAAGCUUUUCUUCAAAAUACCAUUGGAUCCAGGUGUACAGCUUUGUACAAAUAAAAUAACUGUUAACAAGAUCAAUGAAAUUGUAUUAUGCAUUUUCAACACAAGACAAUGCAAAGUUUUUGAAAAUAUGUGUGAUUAUGCAAUGGAAUGUUCUCAAAGUAAAAGUACAGAAAUUGGGAAAUUUGAAAAUAAAGAAAGAGAAAAAAGAGAGAGAAAUGUCAAAUAAUAAUUAAAACAAAAAUGAGAGUAAUACGAGAGUUGAAUUUAGGCUGCAUGAAUGGUCGCCAAUGUCUAUUCGCACGAGAUUAAAUGGCUUGGGAGCCGGGUGUGAUAACAAUAAUAGUAUGAGAAUUAUUUUUUUUUAAUUGGUCUUUCUCCUUGUUAUUUCAUAAAUUAAUAGUUUUAUUAUUUUUAGGUGUUUUUUUUCUUUUUUUGCUUUGUUAAUUUCUCUUAGCAGCUGUAGAUUUUUGUUCUUUCUUAUUUUAUUUUUUAAAUUUAAGCCAUUUUCGUAUAUCAAUUUUUUUUUAAAAUCUAG